UUGCAUCAUAGGUACAACACAUUCAAGGCGAAUUUCUCGCUUUAACGUUUCACAAUAUUUUAAAUUUUUUAAACAUAAGACUUCAUAAAAUUUGCAGAGUUUGUACCUUACUGCGCUGGAAUUUGAAAACUUUAUUAAAAACAAACCGUUUUUAGUCGUACUAUGAAAACCAAGUAUGUUCUCCUGUUUCCAAAUUCCUAACCUAUUAGCAAGUGAGCGAUCUGAUUUACAAAUUGUGCUUGAAAAUCCACGACAUGGAAAUUUCAUUCCUGGAGAAAGAAUUGUUGGAGAAGUGGUGCUCAUUAAUCCUAAAGCAAAAGAACUGAAAAGUAUUCGAAUCGUAAUUCGAGGAAAUGCCAGAGUUCACUGGACAGAGGAACGUGGAUUUGGAAAGCGUCGGCGUACAGUUCACUUCACCGGAGAAGAAACUUAUUUUGCAGAUACCCAACUUCUUCUGGGAAAUGAUCGCGAUAAAAUUAUCCUCCCCCCAGGGACGACGAAUUAUCCGUUCGGCUAUCAACUCCCCACCGGAAUUCCGUCAUCAUUUGAGCACAAACUUGGUGCUGUCUCCUACUCCAUGCAAGCCGUCAUGAAACGCUCGUCCUGGUUCAAAUCCGAUGUAAAUGUCAACCUCCCCUUCAAAGUGGACGGGCGACUGAAUCUCACCAGCAACAUGAUCUCUAAUCUUAAUCGCCCUGUGCAAAUAGAAAAGAGAAAGACAAUUUGUGACCUGCUCUGCCGGGUAGGACAAAUUGGGUUCACCCUCAAAUUAAAUCGGAGUAUUUAUGUGCCUGGGGAAUUUAUUAAUUUCAACGCCUAUCUGGAAAAUUAUUCGAGUCAGAAACUUCGACGGAUGACGAUUAAAUUGAUUCAGGUUGUAGAAUUCAUUGCAAAUGGCAGCACAAGGAAGGAGAUUUGCAUACUUGAUAAGGUCAAAGGACCCAAGUUGCAACCUGGAAGGGAAGACGUCUGGAGUGGGAAUGAUGUGUUGAAAAUUCCGUUGAAUUCAUUGCCCAGUGAAUUAGGUGGUGGGUGUAGGAUCAUGAAUGCUUAUUAUGUGCUAAGGAUUGAAAUGGGUCACUUUUGGGGAAAAACGACUGGUGAUGUCCCGUUAACAAUUGGAUCUCUAGUGGGGCAACAGCAACACGAAUGGUAUGGAAAUAGCCAAAUUAAUUAUGUGGACUCCACCAUUAGACAAAAUCCAGUACGCAAUUAUGGCCGAAAUACUGAACAAAAUGGUCAAUGGUCUCUCGGUACCUUUAACUCAAUCCGAAGUACGGAGUAUGAAAAUAAUAAAACUGACACGCCACCACCUGAGUACGAAGAAGCAAUUAGGAUGCCAAUUUUUCAACCAGGAUACAGUAAUGAAAACAUGUUCAGCUAACGAAGCAACUGCAUUUGUAUGCAUUUACCUGAAGAAAAAUGUCUACAUUGUUCACAGGAAAUUUCUUAAUCAAAUAUUCAAUUCAUUAUUUGUCUUGGUUUUUGAAAUGAACAAUACUAAUGCAAGAUUGUAUUGUACUGUAUUUAAACUAAAAAGUUAUAUACUUGGAAUAAUUAUAAUAAUCAGUUCUCUAUCAUAUAUAAUUUGACUAUUUGUUGAUUUUUUGCACAUUCUGAUAUUUUACAUUAAACAAGUUUUGUAUUUAAAUUAUAACCAAUAUCUUAAAUUCUACGCUUUUCAUUAAAGGUGUACGUAAUCUGAUGGUACGCUCCCUCCCUCGUUUA